AUGAACGUCGAAUAUGCGUCUCGAGACACCGACGACGUUGCGUUCACCCGCGCGCUUGAGCGAGACGUGAGUCGACGCGCGGUGGAAGUUGCGAAGAAGCGUGCCGCGGGACAGCGCUGCAACUAUGAUGCCUUUCAUCAGCUCGUUUUGGGCGCCGAACUUCGAGCGAUGAAACCGCUGAACGCGACGAUCGAAAAUCGUAAAGGAGUUCGCGUCCGUCGACGAUCGAUCGACGUGACGUCGACCACACGAGCGCACUGCGGAGAGGUCAACUGGGCGUUGACCAUGUCAACGCCUCGCAACGCCGACGAAUUCGCGCGCGUCUGGCGACGUGACUGCGGUGAUGACGACGGGAGGAAGACUGAACUCUUGUUCAAUAUCCCACUGGACGUGUUCGAGGUCAUAUUUAAGGCUGAAAUUGGAUUGGACUUGUUGCGUGAUUUUGUGCGUCUGAUUCGCGCGCGCGUAGAGAUCGAUAGCGCCGCGAUCGAGCGCGCCGCGGGAAUACUUCUUGCCUUGACACGAUGUGGGCGUUUUCGCUCGCACCUGCGCCUCGCCGGUACAAACACGUCUCGCGCCGCGACAGAGACGCUCACGCGCGCGUCAGAGUUGGACGCUGCGCAUGCCUGCCUCGAGGCAUGGAGUCUGUAG